CAUUUAUGCAUUUAUGCAAUACUCUCGUAGUGUUUCAGUGUUUGUUGUGUUUGUCAUUGAAUUGAAUGCAUUCACAACUCAUUGCAGACACAAACUUGUGAUCACUUCUCACACACCGACCACUUAUUCAAGCCUUCAUUCAAUCCAUUCAUUCACUAAUUGUUUGAUUCACUCGUCGUUCACAGCAGCCAUCCAUCCAGUGAUCAGUUUAUGGUUUACAUCGCAUAGCAAACCCUCACUCACUUUGGGAUCAAUUGGUGGUGAUAGUCAUGUGUCCGGUCGUCUUAUUAGCUCUCAUAUUAUCAGUGAUUCUGCUGUUACUGGAAGUGACGGCAGCACUGAGUGUCACAUUCAGACCAUCACCGGUGAACCAACUGAAAGAAGAUGAGAUCAUAACCGUGUCCAUCGAACUCAACAAUUCUGUCCAUAAAUUCAAUUCCAAUGAUUACUACGAUCUCUAUGUCGGCGACCCUUCUGUGGUGGAAGUGUUGGGCGACAAGACAUUGAUUGUGGGCUCCAAUGGACCACUGAAUGGCACGUUUGAGUUGAGGGGCAAAUGUUUGGGUCACUCAUGGCUUCAAGUGAUCAACAAAUACGAUGCAAACGAUGUGAGCGAACGGCUGGCCAUUAGUGUGAUCCGGAAGACCAGCCAAUUGACCAAAAUAUUCACCAUAUCUGUGGCCGUCUUGAUAUCCAUGAACUACAUAAACAUGGGAUGUGCUCUCGAUAUGACUGUAGUCCUGCAGGUGCUCAAGAGACCCAUCGCACCCACCAUUGGAUUUGUCUGUCAAUACACUUUCAUGCCUUUGAUUGCAUUCUUGGCCGCCAAACUGCUAUUCACGGAAUCCUACCUCCAAUUAGGACUCUUCGUGUUCGGCGCCAGUCCUGGUGGCGGUGCCAGCAAUAUGUGGACAGUGCUGUUGGGCGGCAAUCUUAACCUCAUUAUGAUGCCAUUCUGGUUGUCAACAUUGGGUCCCAGUAUCUUCGAGGGCACGACAACCUCAGUUCCGUUGCAUAAUAUAUUUGGUUCUUUGGCUUCGAUGACUAUAUUCUUAGGCCUCGGGUUACUAUUCCAGAGAUUUAUACCAAAAGUGGCCAAUAUUUGUCGCAAAAUUUUAGCGCCCGUUUCGAUCGCAAUGAUUAUAUUUAUAAUAAUUUUCGGCACUUAUGCCAAUCUAUAUAUGUUUCGUAUGAUGUCAUGGCGUAUACUAUUAGCCGCUUCUGUCAACGUUUGGACCGGUUUUCUGGUCGGACUCAUUGCGGCCAUACUUUUCAGACAGUCAUUUGCCGACCAAAUUGCUAUUGCAAUCGAGACGGGCAUUCAGAACACAGGCGUCGCUAUUGUUUUGUUGGGAUUAUCUCUUCAACAACCGGACGAGGACUCAUUGCGGCCAUACUUUUCAGACAGUCAUUUGCCGACCAAAUUGCUAUUGCAAUCGAGACGGGCAUUCAGAACACAGGCGUCGCUAUUGUUUUGUUGGGAUUAUCUCUUCAACAACCGGACGCAGACUUGGCGUCUGUUGUUCCCGUCGCAGCCUCUGAACUGUUGGCUAAGUAAAGAAAAACAGAAAUUCAAUCCACGAGUUCUGGAGGACUCGUUAGUGAAUGAACGCUUGAAUUCUAAUAAGACGAGCAGUUCUACGCUUCCUCUCAAUGAAGACAAUAAAGACAAUCAAAAGUAUUCCUACGAUCAGAUCAAUUGGACGAAUGGCAACAUUUGA